AUGCCGUCUCUCUUUCAGUACGCCACUGCGGCUCUGGCCGUCGCCGUCCCCUUCGCCGCGGCGCAGACCUUCACCGACUGCAACCCUCUCGACAAGACCUGCCCCGCAGAUGCCGGCACCACCGAGUCCAAGAUGACCUUUGACUUCACCCAAGCGUCCGGCCUGAGCAAGUGGAAGACCACCGCCAACACCGUCAACGCGGGCUCGAAUGGCGCGGCCUUCACCAUUCACAAGAGGGGCGAAGCCCCCACCAUUGAGACCGACUUCUACAUCUUGUUCGGCGAGGUCUCCGUCACCAUGAUGGCCGCCCCCGGCCAGGGCAUUGUCAGCUCCAUCGUCUUCGAGUCGGAUGACCUGGACGAGAUUGACUGGGAGGCUCUCGGCGGUGAUACCACCACCAUUGAGACCAACUACUUCGGCAAGGGUGAUACCACCACGUACAAUCGCGCCACCUGGCCCGCGGUGUCCAACCCCCAGACCACCUUCCACACGUACACGGUGAACUGGCAGAAGGACCAGACCGUCUGGUCCAUUGACGGUAACCCCGUCCGCACCCUGAAGUACUCCGAUGCCCAGGGUGGCGCCCGCUACCCCCAGACUCCCAUGCGCGUGCGCCUCGGUGUCUGGGCUGGUGGUGACUCCGCCAACGGUGAGGGCACCAUCGAGUGGGCUGGCGGCGAGACCGACUACUCCCAGGCUCCUUUCUCCAUGUACGUCAAGUCCGUGGAGAUCACCAACGCCAACCCGGCCGACUCCUACACCUACACCGACAACACCGGCUCUUACGAGAGCAUCAAGCUCAGCGGUGCCGUUGCAUUGAGCGAGACCUCCAGCUCCAGCUCCUCCGUCUCCUCCACCAGCUCCGACUCGACGAAGAGCUCGACCUCUACCGCCACCACCAUGGUGACCGCUACCCAGACUUCGUCUACGGCCAAGAGCACUACCGCGGGCUCCACCGAGGCUUCGUCCUCGGGCACCACCUCCGGCAGCAGCUCGGGCUCGUCCUCGAGCACUACUAGCUCUGGUUCGUCCUCUGGCUCGGCCGCUGGCACUACCUCCAGCACCUCCGCCACCGCGUCCACCACCUUCAAUGCCGCCGCCAACGUGGUCGCCAACUACAUUGGCCCCCUGUCCCUCCUGGGCCUGCUCACUGCUUUCUUCCAGCUGUAA